AUGACUGCUGAAACCGGAUACGAACUUGAAAUGGGUGCUGGUACAGACCCGGACAUCAUGAUCGAAGUAAAUGAUCUUACUCAUUACUACGGUCCUACUCCGGCGGUUGAGAACGUGAAUUUCACCGUGCGUCGCGGGGAGGUUCUGGGGUUUUUGGGACCCAACGGGGCCGGGAAGACAACGACGAUGCGUAUAUUGACCGGGUUUAUGCCGCCGACCCGCGGGUCGGUUACGGUGGACGGCUACGACGUGGUUGGUGAUUCGCUGGAAGUGCGCCGGCGCGUUGGGUAUUUGCCGGAAUCAGUGCCGCUGCACACUGAGAUGAACGUUACCAGCUACCUGAAGUACAUGGGUACGCUGCGCCGAAUGAACGGGCGCCGGAUUCGCGCGCGGAUUGACGACGUGAUUGGUCUGUGCCGCCUGGAGGAUUACCACAAGACCCUCAUUGGCAAGUUGUCCAAGGGAUUUCGACAGCGGGUGGGAAUCGCCCAGGCGAUAUUGCACGAGCCGGAAGUAUUGGUGCUGGAUGAACCCACGAUAGGCAUUGACCCGAUUCAGGUGGUGGAGACCCGCAGCCUGAUUCAGGACCUGGGGCGGGAACAAACGGUGGUGCUGAGCAGCCACAUUCUGCCCGAGGUCAGCAUGAUUUGCGAGCGAGUGCUGAUUAUCCACGAGGGGCACAUUGUGGCGGCGGACACGCAACAACCUGGCUCAACACCUGCAGGGCGUGGAGCUGCUGGAGGCCCGGCAUCAAUGCCUAUCGGGUGA